AUGUCUCACUUGCCGCUCACCAACAACGGCAAUCCCAUGCAACUGGCCGACCCCAAUCAACACGGUUACUAUGCCAGUCCUCCAAACCCCACACCCUCCGCAGACCAUCGCCAACAGCAAUAUUUCAGUUCUCCUGCUUUCCAGUACAACCAGCCACAUCCAGGAUCAACUUUUGAACACAGCAGUCCAGGACUCCAGCUUUCCACACCAGGACAGUUCACCAGCCUCCCAAACUUGCAACACUCCACUCCGUUACAGCGCAAUCAGAAUCAAAGGAGUAUAUUAAUGUCUUCCAACGGAUUGUACGUCCCGGACAGAAAUCUAGCCACCAGCGGGUAUCGUGGAGCCACACACGGAAACCAACCACAGUUCAGCAUUUAUGAAAAUCACAACGCCCCAGCGGCACAGCCAACUCCUCGACAGGUUCUUCCACAAGAGUAUCUUCCCCCAGCUCCUAUGCCGAACCCCCAAGUCCAGCCUCCAAAGAAGAAACCCCGCAACAAAACCAAACGUCCGUAUGUGGAGGCUGAUACCCAGGCGAGCCAAAUCAAAAUCAACCCUGCCCAAAUGCCUGCUCCACCAAACUCAACCAAUCCUGCGACCGAACCCACUGCCCGAGAUUCUGUUACACGAUUCUUGAUGGUUCCCAACCUCAACACUGUACCUGCCGCGCGUGUCCCUCCAACACUAGAGGCAUAUGCAAAUAAAACAUCAGAUGAACUGCGGGCCAUUGCCCUUGCAAAAUCAAAGAAGGUGAUGACACGUGAGGAUGAGUUGUACUUCUUCCAAUACUAUGAGCUACAGAAAGUUGAGUUAACCUUGGCAGCAAUCAACCGUCGUGUAUCCAUGAGCAUGAUAGAAAAUCUCAUGGGUAGGAAACAGGCUGUGCGAGGAGCGUCGGGGUGGAACAACUUUCAGGCAAAAAACAAUGAUGUUUUCAAAGGCAAAGGCCAAGGAGUUCGGAAUUCAGGUGGUAUGAAAAAGCUGUCUCCCAUGUGGUGGGACUUAACCUCCGAACAACGUGACACGUACAAGAAUAAAAAACUUCCUGCAAUCAUUGAAGAAGACGAGUCCGAUGCUUCGACUGAUGCACCCAAUCUUGCAGCUGUCACGGGCCUCAGAGCACACUCCAAAUCUCUUAAACUAGCCGAGAAGCGAGUUGAUAAGUUCAUGAAAGAGUGGAACCAAAAGGCCCUUAACAUUGCUGCUAGCAACCACUGCGAGCUGGUCAUGUUUGCGGUGUCAAACCACCUCCAGAGUAACAAUUUUCAGCUGGCAUACUCCACACCCGGGGCGGCCGAAUUUGUCAAACAAAUGUACGAGGCAGAUGGCAUCCAAAACUACCAAAGCCGAAUUCAAUCUUAUUGCACUGGCGCCAAAUUAAAUGCGAUCAGUGCCGCAGUUACUCAGAAAAAAACUAAGAAAGGUGUUAAUAAUGAAGCAGUCACUCAAGCCCGAGCCAAGCUGGCUGAGUUUGUUUCUCGCGAGACUGAGGGCAGGAAGACAAGCUGGUCGUGGCAGGGUUGUGACAAAGCGCUUGGUCGUCUUGGAUACAAGGUCGUCUUUCUCCCUGGCACCCUGUCAAACCCUGAAUGGAUCAAAAGUGCAAGCAACCGCCUCCUCAAUGACGAAGCCAAGCUAAUCAUGGACGAUAUAGACCAAGAUCUCAUUCGCAUUGUUAAAGACAAGGAUGCCUUAAUGGGCCAUAUCCGCCAACCCGUCAAACCAGCUGCGUCAAGGAUUAGCCAAAAGAAAACCUCGGUCAAUCGCAAAGGGAGCCCAGAUGCCGAAAAUCAGAAUACUACCAACCCUCAAUCAGGCUCGGCGGCAACCAAAAAACGCAAGCGAAACAACGCAGCUCCGCCCAAGAAACGCAAGCAACGCAAACGUCUCCCAAGCCUCACCCUUUCCGAGCGCGCACUGGACAGCAACACCUCGGACGAAGAUGCUCAAUCAGACUCAGGAACCACAUUCCCUGCUCGCAGGUUUCGACCUACUCGUCUGGCUGCAGGAGGCUUCAUGUUAUCGGAUCACAGCCUUGCCAAUAACACCAAUGAAGAGGAAGAUCUUCAAGCUCGUGGCCAACAAGUAUCGAGUGUCCCUCACUCUGAUGAAGAAGAAGAUUGCGGUCCCUCAUACAAACAUACCGACCCACAGAAAUCAGCAACCCAUUCGACUCUCCACGCUUCCAGGGCCGGGCCUGCCGCCAGCCUCUACCUCCAGGCAUGCAACUAA